AUGGCCUAUUAUUGUGCCAGUCUUCCACAGGAGUGCCAGUUUCUGUUCAACAGACCCCGGCAUGGACACUGGCCUAAACCUGACACACUGGCCAGAGCAAGACAGACUGGAGUGUUCCUGGUGCCACAGGGUUACUCUGACUCUCCUGAAAGGUCAACAAGGUGUCGCUCUACUGCGCUUCAUGUCAUUCGAAAUGACCUGAGCUACCCAAAGUCAAAAUGGGAAUGGAGGUUCUCCACCUCAAUAAUGGAAAGACUCCUUGUGUUUGACAUGAACUCUGUUCAGCACAAGACGUAUGUGUUAAUCAAAAUAAUUAGCAAGUCAUUUUUUAAGCCAGUAGUUGGAGAUCGGCUUAGCACUUUUCACAUCAAGACGGCCAUGUUAUUUACAAUAGAGACAUACCCACCAGGCAUAUGGAAGGAAUGUAACCUUGUACAGUGUGUUAUUUACUGUCUAAACACACUUAUAAGGUGGCUGAAGAUUAAGAAUUGUCCACACUACACCAUUUCGAACGUAAAUCUCUUCACUGGUAAGUUAUUUAAGCAUGAACUUAAAGUUAUCACAGAAAUGAUAAAUAGCAUGGUUACCUCUGACCUGCAGUGCAUUUAUGAAGUACAGAUGGACUCACUUGGUGCGAGAAUGUCAGCGCUGAUUUUACACCUUACGAACAGUGAAAAUAUGUCUAGGAAAAUGAUUAAUGAAAGUAUAUCCUUCGAGGUAGUAUCGCGAUAUCAUGGACGGUGCUAUGCAAGUACACAAGUACCAAUACAAAACCGUCAAAACCUCGAAUGGUAUCAAUACGUACAGGCCAAGUUUCAAGACAUCAUAACGUUAGUCAACAUAUCCGAGAGGGCAUCUGAUGUACAACACGAGUUUUUUCUCUGUAAUUAUUCCUCAUCUACUUUGCACGUGUGCGUCAGUCCAAGCAUCCAGGUUUAUCCAACUCGGACUACCAAUCACACAGGACGUUCUUAACCUGUACAAACACUCCUUUGACUCUGACGUGUUGUCCAGCAGACUAAAGUUUGCAUCCAUGUUAUACUGCUGUGGGCAGUAUGAAGCAGCAAAAAACAGUCUUUCCUACUGUGAGGGACUGUUGGGGCCUUUAAUGUUGCAAUGUUGUGCUUUGCCCAUUCACAAAGCGCCCUUGAUUGGUAGACCGAAUGAGACGACUGUUCUUUUCAAUGGCACUUCCUGUUCUGCCUUGCUUGAUACGGGUUCAAUGGUUACUACUCUAAGCCAACGUUUUUAUCGCUCUUUUUACCCUAGGCCUAAACUUUAUAGUCUAAAAGAUUUUGAACUUGAUAUUUCUGGUGCAAAUGAUGCGAAGGUUCCAUAUUGUGGAUACUGUUUGAUUGAUAUGACAUUUCCGUCGGUGGAUAUUG